AUGGCUAGCAGAAACGCGCCCUUUGAACUUCUUUUAAUUUUCUUCCUUUUUUCUAAAUUUUAUCAUCUUCCUAUUCUUGAGGCUGCUGGAUCUAAUUGCAGUGUAGGUUGCAUCGAGACGGAGAGGAAAGCCCUCCUUAAGUUUAAAGAAGGUCUUAAAGAUCCCGGUCUUAAAGAUCCGUUUGGUCGACUUUCUUCCUGGGUUGGCGAAGACUGCUGCAACUGGGCUGGCGUAGGAUGUGACGAUCAGACAGCCCAGGUUUUCGUGCUCGACCUUGGAGCAAGUUAUAACCGUUCAUCCAUACAAAUAAGCUUGGCAUCGCCUUAUCUGUACCGUAAGCUUGGUGGUUCGUUGAAUCCGUCUUUGCUAAACUUAACAUCUUUGGAAUACUUGGACCUGAGUUAUAAUAACUUCCUAGGAAUUUCAAUUCCAAAUUUCAUAGGUUCACUCAAAACUUUGAAGUCUCUUAACCUUUGUAGGGCAAACUUUGCCGGAAUGGUUCCUCCCCACCUUGGCAAUCUAUCAAACUUGGUUUAUCUGGAUCUCGACUCGUUUUCAUAUCCAAACCGUCUUUGGGUGUCUGAUGUAAACUGGCUCUCUGGCCUGUCUUCUAUCCAAUCCCUAGGUUUAGGGGGUGUAAACCUCAGGAAGGCAACAGCAAAUUGGCUACAAGCUGUUAAUGUGCUUCCUUCAUUGUUGCAGUUAGAUAUGUCUGGCUGUGAACUUUUUGACCUUCCUCAAUCUCUUCUAUUUGUAAAUUUCUCGUCACUUCAGGCUCUUGACCUCUCAUAUAAUAAAUUCAGCUCUUCAAUACCUCAGUGGCUCUUUAAUCUCACUAACCUCAAGCAACUUAAGCUUGCUGGUUCUAACCUUACAGGUCCCAUUCCCACAUUUUUAUCGGGAAAUAUUUGCAAAUUAAGGAUUUUAGAUAUGUCAUCUAAUUCCAUCGAAGGAGAAAUUACAGAUUGUGUAGAGGCUUUGUCUGGAUGUAGUAAUAGAAGCUUAGAGACACUAGAUUUAAGGUUAAACAAACUCCCAGGGAAUGUGCCUGACUCGUUGCAGUUCCUUAGAAAUUUGGAAGAGCUUGAUCUCUCGCACAACUCUUUAUCAGGCCCGCUUCCAAAAUCCAUAGGGAAUUUGUAACGGUUAGAAAUACUGGACUUGACUUUCAACAUGAUGAGUGGCACCAUCACUGAAAGUAUUGGAAAACUCACAAGGCUUUUGAGACUGGGUCUGUAUGGUAAUUCAGUUGUGGAAGGAGUCAUAACGGAGUUUCAUCUGCAGAACCUGACAAAUCUAUUGGAUCUAUCCUUAUCAUCCGUGAACAAAGCUUUGGCUUUCUACUUGAGACAUUGCUGGAUUCCUCCGUUUAGUCUGUCUAACAUUGCAAUUAGUGAUUGCCAAUUGGGACCUGCUUUUCCAGCAUGGCUCCGAACUCAGAACAGAAUUUUUCAAAUAACACUCUCAACUGUUGGCAUUUCAGACACCAUACCUGAUUGGCUCUGGAGAUUAUCGCCACAGAUCAUCUGGAUGGAUCUUUCCCAAAACCAAUUAAGAGGCAAGCUUCCCGAUUCAAUAAUGUUUCCCUUCCACGUAGGAGCAUGGAUAAAUUUGGGAUUCAAUAACCUGGAGGGUUCAAUCCCACUUUGGCGUAAUGUGACAAAUCUCUCUUUGAGAAAUAAUUUAUUUUCGGGAGAAAUUCCUUCAAACAUAGGCCUUGAAAUGUCUGCGUUGGAAAAUCUAGAUCUUUCUGGGAACCAUUUAAAUGGUAGCAUUCCACCAUCAAUAAACAAUAUGAGGAAUUUGGGAUUUCUUGAUCUAUCAAGUAACUAUUUAUCUGGACCGAUUCUGAGGCAGUGGCAGGGUUUGCAAGAUCUGAGGACAGUAGAUCUCUCAAAAAAUAAUCUAUCAGGUAGCGUCCCGAACUCCUUGUGCUCACUUCCUUUACAUUGGUUGAAAUUGAGCGGUAAUAAUCUUUCUGGGGAAGUUGCUACAUUCUUGGGCAACUGCAAAGUCUUGUUUGCUCUUGAUCUUGGAGAGAAUGGAUUCUCCGGAACCUUACCCAAGUCAAUCGUAGCGUACCCGACUUCUGUGUAUCUUUUGAACCUGCGAGCCAACAAGUUAACGGGAACUAUUCCUGAGCACAUAUGUAAUCUCUCCAAUCUCCACAUCUUGGACCUGGGACAUAAUAAUUUGUCAGGGUCAAUUCCUAAUUGUCUGGGCAGUUUGGUGGGUUUGAAAUAUCUGCGCAGAUAUUUGGCCGGACUCACACCAACAAUACUAGAAACAUCAUUGUUUCAGCACACCGAGUUGGUCAUCAAGGGGAGGAUAAGUGAAUUUACCAAGAUAAUUGCACUUGUCAACACCAUUGACCUGUCUGGCAACAAUUUAGUUGGAGAGAUUCCCGAGGAGAUUACAAAUUUAUCAACCUUGGGAUCCUUGAAUCUAUCUUGGAACCAAUUAAUAGGCAACGUACCAGAAAAUAUUGGGAAGUUGCGAUUGUUGGAAGUCCUUGACCUCUCACAUAACCGUUUUUCAGGCCCAAUUCCUCCGAGUGUAUCUUCAAUGACUCUCUUGAACUAUUUGAACUUGUCUUACAACAACCUGUCCGGCCAAAUUCCAUCAUCUAACCAACUGCAAACCAUGGCUGAUCCUUCUAUCUACCAGGGUAACCCAAGACUCUGUGGGCCUCCAUUGUCAACCAACUGCUCAAAAUCCGGUGAUGGAGACAGAUUUCCCAAAGACGAGGAUGUUGAAGAUGAAGACGGCUCCGAAAACCUAUGUACGUACAUAAGUGCAGUACUCGGAUUUGUUAUCGGAUUUUGGGCUGUUUUUGGCACUUUGGUGAUAAAGAAGUCUGUCGGGCGUGCCUAUUUCCGGUUCUUGGAUAAUAUGAAGGAUAAGCUGUUCGUGCUGAUUGCAGUGAAAGUGGCACGUUUGCAGAGGAAAAUGGAGGUGCAAAGAAAUUAAAGACAAAGGUAACCAAGUGAAUUGUCCUUGACAGAAAAGGAUGGCUUCAGAAAGAAAGUUGUUGAGCGAAGGAGGAUAAAUGGAUUAAGCAGUGUAGAGCUAUUCAUCCGUAAUCUUGGUAGUUAGCUAAGAAAAUUGUACUGCCUUAUCCAGCUCGUCCUGUAUUUAAGGAUUUUAAUGCUAUGUAUCAUGAGCUUUCUCUCUUGUUUCUAAAUAAAAGAAAGAUGUUUCCU